UAGGGCAUGCCCUCCGAAGCGCCAUGCUGGGCGCGGGCGGCGCGGGGCUGGCGAGGGGCCUGAGGGCCGUGAGGCAAGCGUGGCUGCGGGGCUCGCGCGGGCGGUCAGUGGUUCUGGCGCGCGCAGCGGGGCCUCCCGGCACUGGGGACUCGCGGCGCUGGGCCGGGCUGGGGCCGGGCGGGCGUGGGCUCAGCCUGUCGGCCGCGGCGGUCGUGGAGGCGGCGCCCCGCCCUGUGCAGCCCUACCUGAGGCUCAUGCGGCUGGACAAGCCAAUCGGAACCUGGCUGCUGUAUCUGCCAUGUACCUGGAGCAUUGGUUUGGCCGCUGAACCAGGUUGUUUUCCAGAUUGGUACAUGUUAUCCCUCUUUGGCACUGGGGCUGUUCUGAUGCGUGGAGCCGGCUGCACCAUUAAUGACAUGUGGGACCGGGACUACGAUAAAAAGGUUACAAGAACAGCCAAUCGCCCUAUCGCUGCUGGAGACAUUUCAACUUUUCGAUCGUUUGUUUUUCUCGGAGGUCAGCUGACCUUGGCGCUGGGCGUUCUUCUGUGUCUGAAUUACUACAGUGUAGCUCUGGGAGCAGCAUCCCUACUGCUCGUCAUCACCUACCCGCUGAUGAAAAGAGUUACAUACUGGCCUCAGUUAGCCUUGGGGUUGGCUUUUAACUGGGGAGCGUUACUCGGAUGGUCUGCUGUCAAGGGCUCCUGUGAUCCGUCUGUUUGCCUGCCUCUUUAUUUUUCUGGAAUUAUGUGGACUCUAAUAUAUGAUACUAUCUAUGCCCAUCAGGAUAAGAAGGAUGAUGCUCUGAUUGGCCUUAAGUCCACCGCACUGUGGUUCCGCGAAGACACCAAGCAGUGGCUCAGUGGCUUCAGUGUGGCUAUGGUGGGGGCGCUGAGCCUGGUGGGAGUGAGCAGUGAGCAGACCGCGCCCUACUACGCUGCUCUGGCCGCCGUGGGAGCCCAUCUGGCUCGCCAGAUUUACACUCUAGACAUCCACAGACCGGAGGACUGCUGGGAUAAAUUUACCUCCAACCGAACAUUGAUGAAAGUUAUGGAACAAAUCUCAAUAUCAAUAAAACUCCUGCAGCCAUUGUGAUAAAUGGGGACAGGAGAAUAUAGAUUGUAAAGGCCUCCACCAUCAGGCCGCACCCUACUGUUUCCUCCAGGUCAACAUACACUCUCGCCCUUGGGCUGAUCCCUUCACCUCCGGAGGCCACACUCAUCAGUCUCCCUCUGCCGUCACAACUGUCCUCCUGGCAGCUGGUACAGUGGCGAGGGCCUGGCUUUCAGAGCAGACAGGCCUGCAUGCGAAUCCCGUUAGCAGCUGGGAGACCUCGGGCAGUGAACCGCCCUCAGCUGCCAAACCCAGGCUCCUGUGAACAGUCACCAGAGUUGGCUUAUUAAAGCCCGCUAGGGGAUGAAUUGUGUUGCCCCAAAUUCAUAUAUUGAAGUCCUAACCCCCAGUUACUCAGAGUGUACCCGUAUUUGGAGAUAAGAUCUUUGAAGAGUUGAUUAAGUUAAAAUGAGGUCAUUAGGAUGGGCCCUAAUCCAUUAUGACCGGGGUCCUUAUAAGAGGAAAUCUGGACAAAGAGACACCGACACUUGCACACUCAGAUGGCUGUGUGAACGCACCGGGAGGAAACAGCUGUCUGCAAGCCAAGGAGAGGCCUGAGAAGAAACCUAGCCUGCCAACACCUUGAUCUCAGACUUCUGGCCUCCAGAACUACAAAUAGAAAUAAAAGUAAAUUUGUGUUUUUAGGCCGUUGGGUGUGUGGUAUUUCAUCGUGGCAGUCCUAGCAAACGCACGAAGCCCUAACACUGCGCCUGGCACAGAAAGGGCACUACAAGUUCAGUUCACUAGAAGGCCCUCCCGUUUCCACUCCCUUUCCUGUCCACGUUUUUGUCCUAAAGCACAAGUUUUAGCCCUCCUAGUGUCCACAAUGGUGGUAGGCUGAACAAAAUCCUCCAGAGAUGUCCCUGUCCUCAGCAGAGCCGUCAAUAUGUUACCUCACGUGAGGGGGCUUUGCAGAUGCGAUUGAGAUGGGAGAGUACCCCAGUUUAUCCAGGUGGGCACAAUGGAAUCACAAGGGUCUUUAUAAAAGGGAGGCAAGGUCAAAGUCAGUAGUGGGAGACGUGAUGACAAUGAAGCAGGAAGCUAGAGGGAUGGAAAGGAGUCACGAGCCAAGGAACGCGGGUGGUUUCAGAAGCUGAAAAAGAAGAGGGCACAGAUUCUCUCCUGAGAGGCUGUAGAAGGAGCCAGCCCUGCUGACACCUUGACUUCAGCCCUGUGAAACUUGAGUUUGGACGUCUGACCUCCAGAAUUGUAAGUCGUAAAUUUGUGUUGUUGUAAGCCGCUAAAUUUGUGAUAAUUUGUUAUGGCAGCAAUAAGUAAGCUAAAAACUAUUCGAGCUCUGAUUGACCUGGCUUCUGAACUGCCAGGGCGCUCGGUUAGUGCCAGUGGAGCAGUUGCUAAGAGGACAAGUCCUGGAGAGUUUGCCUUGGUUGGAAUUGCCACUUUAGCACCUGCCGAUUGGAUGGUCUUGGGCCAGUUACCUGCUUUCUGUGGUUCAGGUUCUCAUAUGGGGCUAAUAACGGUACCCUUCUCAUGGAUUUAAAAAUCAUCUGUCUCCAUCUACUAGAGUACAGGUUCCAUGAUAACUAGGACUGUUUUAUUCACCAGAAUAGCCCCAGUACGUCACUGUAGCAUUCAAUAAAUAUUUGCCAUUUAUCUUCUAUCAGCUAGCUAACAUUUGAGUACUUGCCAGACCUGGUGUUACGUGCAACCGUCCAUUAGAAAUUAUUAAUGCCAUUCAACAACGUGUGAAAAAACAAUGUGACAUCAUAACAAAAAUAGAGAUUUUCAUGUACACAUGAUUAAAACUGUAGAAAUAUAUAUAAUGAAGAGUAAAGAAACAAAGACAAAGAUAUGUCCUGGGUGAUAGGUUAUUAUAAUAUUGCUUUAUAAUAAAAUUAGAUGGGUACUGUCCUAUAUUUCAUGUUUUAAGCUAAUCUAUGAAUAUAACCUUUAGCUCUUCCAUUAU